ACGGAACCGACCGACCGACGCUGCGGCUCCGGCGAGCUGUUGACCGAACUUCUGGCGACGGAGGGCGGGGCCAGAGCCCUAAUAUACAAUGGGCGGGACUGUGGGCGGCUCCCUCCAGUCUGUGACGUCAUCAGCGAAAAUACGCUGGGCGGGGCCACAGUCUCCAUGCUCCGCCCCAUUCUGAGGCAUCCGCCUGCAGACGAACAGAUCCAUGAACAUCUUCGUGUUCCUGGCCUGAAUCUGGAUCUGAUCGCUAAUGCGAGAUGGUAAAUGGGAUGAAACGCAGCUUCAGAAAUAAUGCUGUUUCAGCAGUUUGCUGUAAGGAGGAAACCACAUCCUCCUCAUCUUCAGAAGAGACCGAGGCUUCAUCUCAGACGGAGAGCGACUCCAGACCAUGAAGACGAUGAAGAGGACGACUCUGCUGUUCCUCCUCUCGGCGGCGUCUCUGCUGUGUGGAUCUUCUCAGCGAGUUGGUGUGACUGUGAGUCCCAGCAGAUCUCAGUUCUUUGAAGGAGAAUCAGUGAUUCUGAACUGUGAGGACGACAGCUCUGCAGGAUGGACUCUGAGGAGGAACUCCUCGGAGAAAAAGAGGACUCAGUGUGACGAGUGGGGAGAAGCUUCUGGCUCCUCCUGCAACAUCAGCUACAUGUACGAAGAGGAUAACGGCAUGUACUGGUGUGAGUCCAGAGGGGGAGGAGCCAGCAGCAUGGUGGUUAACAUCAGUGUCUCUGGUGGAUCAGUGAUCCUGCAGAGUCCUGUCCUCCCUGUGAUGGAGGGUCAUGACCUCACUCUGAGCUGUCAAUCAAAGACCCCUCCCUCCAACCCCUCAGCUGCUUUCUAUAAAGAUGGCUCCCUCAUCAGGACUGAGCCUACAGGCCACAUGACCCUCCAGCAUGUUUCCAGGUCUGAUGAAGGUCUCUACAAGUGUCACAUCAGGGAUCAUGGAGAGUCUCCAUCCAGCUGGAUCUCUGUCUCAGUAAAUCCCGAGUUAACAACGGUUUUCCUCCUGGAUCCUGCUCCGCCUCCUGUGCCCCCCGCUCGCCGCUCUGUGUUCGCCGUGGUUCACCACCUGCUGGUCAUCUGCCCGUACUUCAUCUCCACUCUGCUCAUGGCGUCUCUGUGCCGCCGAAGAGGUCCAGGAAAGGACCGGUCUGUCUCCAUGGUAACGGCAGCGAAGAGGUUCAAAGAGGACGGAGACGACACCGCUGUGACCACAGAGCAUCACUUCUGACCUUCAGCGCCGCUGCAGUGACCUUUCUGACUGACCCUGCUUCUACCUGCAGUCUCCACCUCUCCUGUGAUAAUGCCCCGCCCACAUGCUAGAUGUCCUCUGGGAAAUAAACUGUACUAAUAAACCUGAUUGGUCACCA